AUGAAGUUUAUCUUUAUUCUGUUUCUUAUUUCUUCUUCUGUAUCAGAAGCUCAAGAGGUAUUCAGUCAAUAUCCAGCAGUAAUUGAUUGUACUUGGCCAUGUCUAAACACAAGCCAUACCUGUAUUAUCACUUUACAAACAGCUCAAUGUCAAUUCCAGACACCUAAUAGUUGGACUAUGAUUUCUCCUUCAAAAGCACCCAUGUAUACAGGCGCCUCUGUAAGUACCAACCUACAAUCAUGUACACUAGCGCCUCAAGCUCCUUUGCCUACUUUACUCAACAACACCCCAUUGUUGAAUCAUCAAAGUAUUAUAAUGUGGCCUGUCCACAACCUGUAUCGACCUUUAGACGCAUAUUUAGGCAAUUGUGGUCAUGGUCUCUAUUGCUCUUCAGCUGGACAAGAUCGACAACAACCCAUUUGUCGUCAAAAAAGUCAAUAUGGCUCGCAUUGUGUAUCUUCUAAUCAAUGCUUAGCUGGUGUAUGUGAACAUAACGUGUGUCGACCUAAAGAUCGCCGUACAAUGCAUCCUUCAAAUGCAAUUGCUGAUCAUGAUUAUUUGGCUCCAAUUGUAGGUUCUGUGUUGGGUGUCCUUGGUACUGUGGGAGUGGCAGUAAUGUGUGUAUAUGUGUAUCGUCGCUAUUAUAAAAAACCAGAGCAAGAACAAGAAUCAGUCAAAUUCAAAGAAUCUCAAUUUGCCUCUGAUUUCUUGGGUCAAUCCAGUGGACAACCACUACCUCCCUCUUAUCAACCCUAG